AUGGGUGGUCUCAAUCUCGAAGUCUUCAAGUUCGGCAUGUACGUCAUGUUCCCCAUCGGCAUCAUGUACUACUUCGGCACCAACCUCGACGAGCGCUUCUCCGUGCCCGAGUUCUGGCCCAAGGCCGAGCAGGCCAACAAGGUGCCCAUAGACCGAGACGAGAUCCAUGCCGAGUUACAGCGGUUACGUGCACGGAGAUUGUAUUUGAGGGACAAGAGGCUCGAGGAGGAGGCUCGACGG